ACCCUCCCUUUAUCCCUCCAUCCCUCCCUCCAUUCCUCGUCCUCAUCACCCCUCCUCUCUACGUGUAGAAGGAACAUCGCUUGCUAUUGGUGUUGGCCUGCUGUUAAUGUCGUGCAUCAUUGCUACCGUAACCCCACAGGGAGGAGGAGAGAAUCUUUUUUUCCCCUGUCUCACUCCCUCACUUGCCAAUAAUGCGGCGCACCGUAAUUGAAUUUUGAUGUUUUUUUUGCUUCCUGCUGAAGGACAGAGUGUCACAGACGACCAGCCUGAGGAGAAGAGCUCUGUUUUAGCAGCAGUCAUGCAGCCCCAUGUGGCGGAGGUGGCGCGCCUCUACCAGACCGAGUUUAUCCGGAGCGCGCGUGCUAUGGGUGUCCUGUGGGCCAUCUGUACGCUCUGCUUUGCCGUCAUUGAGGUGGUCAUACUUGUUCAGCCGUCCUGGGUGGGCACACGUGAGCUUCACUAUCCAGCCAACAGAGUCGGAGGUAAACCGCCUCCUCAGGCCGGUACGCUGGGUCUGUUUGAGGUGUGUGUGGAGGCAGACUGGCCGGUUCCUGAGUGCACAGGCUCUCUACGUACACUGACCCCUAUUCCAGCCUUCCAGUCUCCGGCUGUACUGGUGUGCAUCUCCCUCACCAUGGUGUGGGUCAGUGUGGGCUGUCUGUGUCUGUUUCGCUUCUGCAACGCCGCAACCGUGUACAAGAUCUGUGCCUGGCUCCAGCUCACCGCUGGUUUCUGUCUGGCGCUGGCCUGCGUGCUCUUCCCUGAUUCGUGGGAGUGUGCAGAGAUGCGUGCGCUGUGUGGAGACAGUGUUGAGAGUUUCUCUCCGGGGAACUGCGCCGUGCACUGGGCCUACAUACUGGCCAUGCUGGGAGUUUUGGAUGCCGGCAUCCUCGCCACGCUCGCCUUCGUCCUGGGCAACCGUCAGGAUGCACUGCUCCCAGAUGACGCCAAGGAUGGUGAUGUGACUGGGUUGUUACUAGAAGCAUAGCCGGCGAUGAAGAGAUGCCACAGACUCCUUUCAUCUGCGGCUGAUCGCUCCGUCUUCAUUGUAAGCUGGAGAAAAACAGACAAGCUCACAUUCUCCUCCCCCACAGCAUGACAUCAUCUCCCUGACGCUUACAUAAAAACUGCAUAGAAACUAGAGACGGUCGCCUGGCAACAGUAUCCGACGACUUCUCCAGCUGUAGGUGGAGGCAGAGAAAUAUAAAGGACGCUUGUUUUACAUUCUCGGUCGCCUCCUGAUAAGCAAACGUGUGUCGUUGUAGAUAUUAAUUGUUUUUUUUUUUGUUCUGUUAAUUCACCACGUUGUCCAGUUUCAAGACCAACAAAUGUAAUUUCUCCUUGUUUGGUGUGAAUUUCAGGUUUUGUUUCAUUAGUGUGUAAAGUAAUUUAAAAAAUGCAUAACCUUGGAUGAGAUUUUGAUUGAAUUAAUGGUUUAAUUUCAUAUUAAUC